GUUUCUUGUUUUUCCUUUUAGAGAUGCCCACUGGUCAACUGCCGGUGCUGGAGGUGGACGGAAAGCAGCUGUCACAGAGUAUGGCCAUAGCCCGCUACGUCGGCAGGGAGUUCGGUUUGGCAGGUAAGAACAAUCUGGAGCAAUGUAUGGUCGACCAGGUCAUAGACACGGCUUCAGAUUGCCUCACGGAGUACGUCAAGUCGCACUUUGAAAAGGAUGAGAAAAAGAAGGUAAGUGGAAUUCAUUACAGUAUCUCUAGAAUAUGGCUCCAAUACAAUUUGUAUAACAUCUGGACACUCUACGUUUAUUAUAAACAACUAAGUAUAUCAAGUCAUAAUUAA